CGAGGUGCCGGCACCCAACACUGUCAGGCUCCCGGACAAGGAAGAGACGCCUGUGAGCGGGCAGGACGGCUGUGUUUCACCCACUACAGAGAAGCAGAUCUUUCCCCACCUGGACCCUGUGAAAAUGUCCCUUUCCCGGGGCUGUGAAAGUUAGGGCGCACGCUUGGCCGCAGAGCUCGGGAACGUGGCGGGAUCGUGUCCCGACCCCCCGGGAGCCAUGAGGAAGCUGCUCUGGGGCCGGCACUUCUGGCUGCUGCUGCUCUUCUGCGAUUUCCAGGUGCACGGAGCCUUCUCCAGGCCGCCAGCCCAUCCAGGGUUUGAGGUCUUGGCGUCUGCUUCCCAUUACUGGCCGUUGGAAAAUGUGGACGGGAUUCAUGAGCUUCAGGACACAACUGGAGUGUUGCGAACCCACAACCUCACUGUGCUUCCUUCCCAUAACUCUACCUUUGUUCGUACCAAUGACUCUGCCUACUCAAAUCUGUCUGCAACCGUCGACAUCAUGGAGGGGAAGGUCAACAAGGGCAUUUACCUCAAGGAGGAGAAAGGAGUAACCCUUCUCUACUACGGGAGGUACAGAGCUUCUUGCAUCAGCAGCCCGGCGCAGUGUGACCCGGACGGGGUCACGUUUUCUUUCUUCUGGAAGACACAAGGAGAGGCGUCCAGACCGACCCCUUUUGCUUACGGGGGACAGGUCAUUUCCGACGGUUUCAGAGUCUGCUCCAGCGGCGGCAAGGGCUCCGUGGAGCUGUACACGCGGGAGAACGCCAUGACCUGGGAGGCCACCUUCAGUCCGCCAGGUCCCUACUGGACUCAUGUCCUGUUUACAUGGAAAUCCAAGGAGGGUUUGAAAGUCUACGUCAACGGGACCUUGAGCACCUCUGACCCAAGUGGCAAAGUGUCUCACGCCUAUGGGGAGCCUGGCGUCAACCUCGUGAUAGGGUCUGAGCAGGACCAGACCAAGCGUUAUGAGGACGGAGCUUUUGAUGAGUUCAUCAUCUGGGAACGUGCCCUGACCCCGGACGAGAUCUCCAUGUACUUCACAGCUGCCAUUGGAAAGCAUGCUUUGUCAUCUUCAACACCACCAAACGUCUUCAUGACACCCCCAGCCAAUACCGUGGUGCCCACCAACGCUUACCAUCCCGUCAUAACCAACUUGACAGAGGCGAGGAAAAACUUCCAGAGUCCAGGAACCAUCCUGAGCUACCUGCGAAACGUGUCCCUCAAAUUACCCAAUAAGCCUCUUUCCCAGGAAAUGGCACUGAACCUCACCCAGGUUUUCUUAAAGACCAUGGGAGAGGUUCUUCAACUGCCCAGUUGGGUCGAUGUGUCAGAGGACAACGCCAUGGUGCUGGGCUUGAUCGAGACCGUCGACACUGUCAUGGGCCACAUCUCUUCCAACCUGGACGCCAGCCAGCCCCAGGUCACCAUCGUUGGCUCUUCUUCCAUGGCAGAGUUUUCUGUGGCCAAACUCCUGCCCGAGACCAUAAAUUCCUCCCACUACCGCUUCCCAGCCCAGGGGCAGAGCUACAUCAAGGUUCCCCACGAGGCGUUCCGCAGCCAAGCCUGGACCACCAUCGUGGGCCUUCUCUACCACAGGAUGCAUGAUUACUUGGACAACAUCCAGCCAGCCAAGACCAAGAUUGCGGAGGCAGCAAAUUACAAAAGGCACACGCUGUUUGCGGCCAGCUACCUGAUUUCUCUGGAGGUGUCCCCGCCACCCGUGCUGUCCCAGAACCUGUCAGGCUCGCCGCUCGUCACGGUGCAGCUCAGGCACAGACUGUCCCACAGUCAGCGCAGCAAGGCCACCAACAGCAGCAACUGGGUGUUCCUGUACUGCGCCUUCCUGGACUUCAGCUCUGGAGAAGGCAUCUGGUCCAACCAGGGCUGUGAGCUCGCCGAGGGGAACCUCAGCUACUCCGUCUGCCGCUGCACUCACCUCACCAACUUUGCCAUCCUGAUGCAGGUGGUGCCGAUGGAGCUCACGCACGGACACCAGGUGGCGCUCUCGGCCAUCACCUAUAUCGGCUGCUCCGUGUCCCUGGUCUGCCUGGUGCUCACGCUGGUCACCUUCGCCAUGCUCUCUUCCGUCAGCACCAUCCGGAACCAGCGCUACCACAUCCAUGCCAACCUGUCCUUCGCUGUCCUGGUGGCCCAGAUCCUCUUGCUGGUCAGCUUCAGCUUCAAGCCUGGCACGGUCCCCUGCCGGGUGUUGGCCAUGCUCCUGCACUACUUCUUCCUGAGCGCCUUUGCGUGGAUGCUGGUGGAAGGGCUGCAUCUCUACAGCAUGGUGAUCAAGGUCUUUGGCUCAGAGGACAGCAAGCACCGCUACUACUAUGGGAUAGGAUGGGGUUUGCCUUUCCUGAUCUGUGUCAUUUCAGUGUCAUCUGCUACGAACAGUUAUGGAACAAUUACAAACUGCUGGCUGUCCAUCACCAGUGGCGCUGUCUGGGCCUUCGUGGCCCCUGCACUGUGCAUCAUUGUGGUCAAUGUCGGCAUCCUCAUCGCUGUGACCAGGGUCAUCACGCAGAUCAGCGCUGACAACUACAAGAUACAUGGGGACCCCAGCGCCUUCAAGUUGACAGUAAAAGCCGUGGCCGUGCUGCUGCCCAUCCUGGGAACCUCGUGGGUCUUCGGCGUGCUUGCUGUCAACGGCCAGGCCUUGGCCUUCCAGUAUAUAUUUGCUGUCCUCAACUCCCUGCAGGGGCUUUUCAUCUUCCUUUUCCACUGUCUCCUGAAUUCAGAGGUGAGGGCUGCCUUCAAACAUAAAACCAAGGUCUGGAGCCUCACGAGCAGCUCCAUCCGCAGUGCUAACACGAAGCCCUUCAGCUCCGACAUCAUGAACGGGACCCGGCCAGGCACAGUGUCCACCAAGCUCAGCCCCUGGGACAAGAGCAGCCAUUCUGCCCACCGCGUGGACCUGUCCACCGUAUGAGCAGGGAGGCCGCUGACCGGCCGUCUUGCUGCUCAGACACACCCCGCAAAUUAAACACAAGAAACACUCUGCCUUCACCGUGGGACCCUCUCCUUGUUGCUGUCUGGGUGUGGGGGUCCUGGCCCCCUUGACAGGCGUCCUCACCUCUGGCCCUCCCCGUGUGACAGAGCCCACUGCUGGGCCCGAAGCCUGAUGCACAGUAGGGGGUGGCCCUCCCAGCUCUGGUCCUCCCGUGGCCAAGUGACUGUCCCCUGGGGCACUUGCCGUGGGCACAUAGGACCCUGGGGCUGCAGCACGACGAGGGCAAGUUAGCCUGGGCGCCGUGAUGGGGACUUUGGGGCCAGAGAGGCAGGGUCCUGCGGGGGAGGUGAAGGCCCCAAGGUACCCCUGCAGGGUCAGGCAGAGGCACGUGGGGGCGUCUAAGGAGUGUGAAGAAUGUCCUCGACCUGCUGAAUCAGCCACAGCAAGCUCUGAGAAGAGGGCCUGGUGCAGGCUGGAGCCCCGCGGGCCACCCUCGCCUUCCGGCUGCACGGAGGGUUGGGGCCGGGGGGUUGCUGGCUGCUC